GUUCAAAGAGGCGGGGAGAUGGGUGGCACUUCAGCCCCGAACGGAGUCUCCACUGGCGCUUCGAAAAUCAGGAAAGCCGCUGGAUUGUCGUCGGCCUGCUAAAGCAACUCGUUCUAUAGAUGAUGCAGCAACACAAUGAGUCUUUCUUUCUGCCAGCUGGUGGAAGCAGUGAGUCAAUCGUCUGCAUGAGAUGGGACAAGCCUCUUACAGAGGUUCUUCAUCCAGAAUUUGAAGUCACCAUGCUGGAGGAGGAGGAGGAGAAGGAGCCACAUACAGGGGACCAACAUCCCAUUAUGUCUCCAAGCUCUGCUCUGUGGCAGUGGCUAACUUCAUUUCAGAAGUCCAGGUGGUGACCUACAAUCCUGGGCAGAACGGCUCCACACAUCUUUGCCGGGCGUGUGCAUCUCCUCCUGUCGCAUCCAGUGCUGGACAGGGCAUCGCAGUGGGAGCCACUUCAAGUUUUCCUAUCAUGGAUUAAGCCUUAAUUUUCAGAUCUGUGUACGUUAGCUGAGCGAUGGAACCUGCAAAAGUGGAUUAUGACAUGCUGGAUGUAUAUGUCCUGUGGCUGAAGCUAGAGAUGGCAAGUGGAUGCACAAUAUGUAAAUCUAUACAGUAUACGGAGACUUCCGGCCUGACUCCAACAUGGCGGUUCUUCUGUAGAGCCAGAUGUCUUCGUAUCAGGGCAGAGGCUGCAGGUCAUUUCUGAAUACAAGCUACUGCCUUCUCCUGAUCUGAGACCAACAGGUGGGGUCAGCCGAGGUCGUCGUCAUGGUGACCUUCGCUGAGACGACGCAGGUCUCCCCCAUGGAGCUGCACGAGCCGCCAUCUCUGACCGCCACCCUGUCCCCGGGGCUGCGACGGAAAAAGAUGCUGUGGCAGAACGCUGUGAAGCACAUCAUGAUCCAGCAGGAGCUCAGCACCCAGGUGGGUGUGGAACCAGCACGCAAUAUGUUUGUGACCGACGCGUACAUGGAGGAGAUCAACCAACAAAUCCGCAGCAAGGCCUCGCGUGGGUUCACAAAACACCGUUCCUCCACAUUCAGAGUGCAGCCCUCCAUUACUCGUGGUUCCACCAGCACACAUGGCAGUGUCGGGGGUUCUGUUCACGACUUCUCCAGCGAUGCCGACUUCUUUGUGCACUGGGGUCGCACCGUUCGCGGUGUCUACAUACCCAUGCUGAGGCACACCUUCAAGUCCAGGGACCUGGAGAAACUCUACCAGCUGCACUCGUCCCACCAAAGACGAAACUCUCUCGCCAUCACCAAUGUGAUCGAUGCUGUGGCAAAGCUGCACGUGUUGGUUUUGUACCUGGCGUUGGCCCCCGAGGCUGUAACCGACACAGUGCGAGGCUGCCUGACAGGCCUUUUCAUGGCAUUGGCUAUAGCUCUGUGUAUCGUGGUGUUAACCCGCAAAGACUCCAUGUCCCCACGGUGGCUUCACUACGCUGGCCUUGCUAGCUGGUUGUCGCAGACCACACAGGUGCUGGGGGGGCUAGUGUACGGACUGGAAAAAGACCCGUCGUGGUACGUUUUCUUCACGUUGUUCGCAACCUACACGCUGCUGCCGUUACCUCUGGUGUGGGCCAUGUGCGCCGGCUCCCUCACCUCAAUACUGCACCUUCUGGUGGAGAUAGUGCGCUACUACAACGAUGCUGUGCUUUUGAAAAAGGUGUUUGCCAAAGGCCUCCUGUACCUCGGUAUGAACACAGCUGGCUUGUUCAUCCACUACCUGACCGACCACGCUCAGCGACAGGUGUUCCUGGAGACGCGGCGCUGCAUCGAGGGUCGCCUCAGAUUAGAGCAAGAGAACCAGAGACAGGAGCGCCUGGUGCUGUCGAUCCUACCUCGCUUUGUUGCCUUGGAGAUGAUUGCUGACAUGAGCUCUUUGGAAGAUGAACUCAACCCUCAGGAGUUUCAUAAGAUCUACAUUCACCAAUACAGAAACGUCAGCAUCCUUUUUGCAGACAUCAAGGGCUUCACCCUGUUGUCCAUGAACCUCUCAGCUCAGGAUCUGGUCCGAACCCUCAAUGAGCUCUUUGGACGCUUUGACCGGCUGGCAGAUGAGCACCACUGCUUGAGGAUAAAGAUACUGGGAGAUUGUUAUUAUUGUGUGUCUGGGGUCCCUGAGCCACAGCGAGCCCACGCACAGUACUGCGUUGAGAUGGGCCUGGCUAUGAUCAACACCAUACGGUACGUACGGAAGCAGCUGAACUUCAACAUGGACAUGAGGAUCGGGAUCCACUCGGGCUCCAUCCUCUGUGGGGUUCUCGGCCUGCAGAAGUGGCAGUUUGAUGUGUGGUCCUGGGAUGUGGGCAUCGCCAACAUGCUGGAGGCUGGAGGGAUACCAGGACGGAUCCACAUCUCAAGGGCGACUCUGGACUGUCUAGAAGGCACCUACAAGACGGAGGAAGGCCAUGGCCGUGACAGGAACGAGUUCCUACGUAAACACAACAUCGACACCUUCCUCAUCUGCCCUCAGGAGGACAGGAACAAAGUUGACCACAGUGAGCCUCCCAAAACCCAGAAACCUAAUCGAACCUGGACCCCAGAGGUAGCUUUUGGGAACGCCACCGACAUGAAUAGUAUCCUGGCCUCCUUCACAAACGGCUCUCUGCCCAACAUCUGGCAGUCCACCUCCAAAGAGAUCAACAAACGUAUCAGACGUGCGAUUGAGGUUCGAAGCAGCGAGCGGAUGCACAAGGAGCACAUCACUCCGCUGACUCUGGUCUUCAAGGACACGCACAUUGAGAACAAGUUCUCCCAAAUGAGAGAUGAAAUGUUCAACUCCAAUCUGGUCUGCUCCUUCAUCAUGCUCCUCUUCCUCAUGGCUGCUCAGGCCCUCAUCCCUGCUCCCAGUGGGAUGUUUCCAGCCAUCCUCCAGUUUUCGGUCUUUGUGCUCGUCUACCUGCUGCUGCUGCUCGUUGCUCUUGCUGAAGAGUUCAAGUGGACGCCGACGUCACUGCAGCAGUUCUGCUGCUUUAUCCAUGAAAACAACAGGGCCCGGAACCUGCUCACCCUCACAGCUAUCGUCAUCAACUUUGGUUUGGCCUCCACUGACAUGGUGUGGUGUGUUCUCACAACCCCGGGAGAAGCUGACCUCAUGGAAAAGACCAGCACAGGCUCACGUCCGCUCACUGUCUGCACUUACCCUGAGAUCUUUGUGCUGAGCGGUGUGAUCGCCAUGGUGACCUGUGCCGUGUUCCUGCGUCUGAACUCCCUGCUGAAGCUGGCCGUGCUGCUGCUGGCGGUUUCUGUUUACUCCUGCCUCAUCCACCUGGCCUUCCUCAGCCUCACACGUCAGGACGUGCUGCACAGGUCCCACUAUCUCAGGAGAAAAGGAAUUUCUAUCAUUCUCAUGGCCAUGUUUCUUGUUGCCGUCUUCUACAACGGGCGGCAGUGGGAAGCUACUGCCAGACUGGACUUCCUGUGGCGUCUGCAGGCCCAGCGGGAGGUGGAGGACAUGAGGGAGCUGCGGGAACACAAUGAAUGUUUGCUACACAACAUCUUACCGCUGCAUGUUGCACGACAUUUCCUGGACCGGAGCAAGAAUGACGAGGAGCUUUACUCUCAGUCCUAUGAUGAAGUGGGUGUUAUGUUUGCCUCCAUUGCUGGGUUCAACGAGUACUUUGAGCAGAAAGAGAUCAGACAUGAAGGAGUGGACUGCCUCCGACUGCUGAAUGAGAUCAUUGCUGGCUUUGAUGAGCUGCUGGAGGAGUCAUACUUCCACUUUGUAGAGAAGAUUAAGACAAUUGGAAGCUGCUACAUGGCAGCAUCUGGUUUAGCUCCAGAUAAACAGGCAUCAAUGGAUGAAUGGAAUCACCUCAGUGAGCUGGUUUUGUUUGCACUGGCAAUGCAAGAAACACUGAAAGAGAUUAAUAGGCACUCUGCCCAAAAAUUUGACCUGCGUGUGGGAAUUGCCCAUGGGCCGGUGGUCGCAGGGGUGAUCGGCGCCACCAAGCCGCAGUAUGACAUCUGGGGAUCCACAGUGAACCUGGCCAGCCGCAUGGACAGCACAGGUGUGAGCGGACGCAUCCAAGUACCUGAAGCCACCCGCAAGAUCCUGACAGACCAGGGCUUUGUCCUGGAGCUCCGAGGAGAAAUCUUCGUCAAAGGGGUGAGCGAGCGCCAGGGGAAAGUCCGUACCUAUUUCAUCAGCACCGUGUGCAGUCAGAGGGCCAACACUGGAACAGAUGGCCACUUUGGGGGUCGGACAGGAGGACGCAUGACUCUGGCAGAAGUGGUGUUUGGUCUCGUCCAGGCCAGACACAAGGAGAUGCACAGAGACACCAACGGCUUCAGUCUGGCUCCCUGCAAACUGCAGUGCUGAUGAGGACUGUUAGGUGGCUGCAUGUGGAGGAGGACACGUCCAGCCAUAUUACUCCUACUGGUUUACAGCUUCGAUGCUCUUGUUCCAUUGUUUGCCAUAACUAAAUUAGCUGCACAAACAGGUUUAACUGUGGAUUCAGUCCAAUCAAAGCCUUUGUUUCUUCCAUGACUGUGUCGUCCUCAACUCUCCAGUCAGCUCAAAAUGAUUAAAGGUUUGGUUUUUAAACGCUUGAAGUUGGGGUAGACAGACAUCUGAGAGGAAGAUGCCAGGAUUUGUAAAUACAGCCGUCCUGUUGAGCUCUUCCCUCACAGUCCUAAGCCCCUACAUGAGCAUUUACUUGUAGAGUCACACAAGAUCUUCAGUGAAAGUCAGUUUAACCACUACAUCACACUUCUCCUCUUGGUGAUGGCACCAUAACUGAUUUAAUGAGCCAUUCGCAGUUUCACUGUACCAGACAUGUGUACUUAGACUUGCAUGGCUUAAUCUUAGACACAAGCAUAUGCUACUGGCAGGAUCAACCAGGUAGCCCAGAGAACUUAGAGCCCAACUGUUCCUGGAUUUUGGCAGCCAGUUGAUACCAAUUUAGGAGACUAAAAAAACACCACAACAUCAAUAUAUAUAUAUAUCGGCCAAAUUUUUACAUUUUUAAUCUUCUUUUUCCAUGCAGUGCUCCCUCAAAUUAGGUAAUCAAACACUUGAGGGGGUUAGAAGCAGAGCGGUCUCACCCACAAAAACUCCCAACUGAGAUUUAGAUCAUUUCUGUGAUAUUUUAUGGUCCAGAUUUUAGUGACAAAGUGGUCACAACCCAAACAUGUGGCACUUCCAAUGUUAGAUUAUUCUUAAAAACACGAAACUUUGAACCCAUUUUUCUCCAAAACUACAGAAAGUGGGUUAGACCACUCUGAUUCCAAACCCUUCAGCUGAGACAAAAAUAAAGGAUAGAAAAGUGGUAUAUUUUAUGCUUCUACAACCAACUUUAUUGUCCAAAAUGACUGUAAACCACUCACUUUUUACUUUUCAAAAUGUCAUUUAAACAAAUUAUAAUAAGGUGACAAACCAUGCUAACCUUUCAGUCUGCUGUGACACUAUAGCCUGUAAGCUACCUCGCUAACAUAGCAAACAAAUGUCAUUUAAGCUUGAGUGGUAUGACAGUUAGCAAGGAUACAGUGGUGUUAGAGUUAUAUAGAAACAGGAAAAUGAGCGGGGUCAUUGUUUAUUAGCUUUCCAGUCACGUAAAUCACAAACUAGUUAGCAUUUAUGCUAGGAAACCACUUAAUUUUGUGAUAUGAACUCUGCUUGCUGCAUGUGCUGACAAGAAUAUUCCAAGUUGGAGCAUGCUCUGGUGGGCAGACUACAAGAUGACUCCAUUUCAAGCUUAUUCCAAGGCUCUUUUUCUGCAUUAUGUUCUUAGAUCAUGAACAACAUAUAUGAACAUGCCAAUAUAUCUGUGAUAUGCCAAAAUCAGCAGGUCGAUCAUUCAGCCAGGCUCUACUCUUCAUAUCAAAAUCACCUUGUCUGACUAAAGUCUUCUGUCACUAGAAAUGUUUGUGUGUAAUUUUUGACCAGUGAUGCCAAAUAAGUCCUGCCUACCCUGACUUUAAUCGACAAAUAGAGGAAUUCACCCUGCUGGUUUCGUUUCUCGAGUUCUGGAGCUUUAAUCGUUGAAGAAUCGAGCUGCAUUUUCUGAACUUUACUUAGAAAGCACUUAACCGUCCUGUCGGCCUCUUUUAAGUUUAAUGAGCGUCUGGAGAGCACUGCUGUCUGUUUUUGUUGCCAUAUCGACACUAUAACCACCUUUUUUAGCAUUUGCGUUCAUUUUGUAAAGGAAAAGCCAAUGUCUCUUUCUUGUUUGUCAGGAUAAUUCUCAGGUCUUCAAGCCAAAACACAGAACACCUCAAAGCAACCAUUUUGACCUCUUCUAGACACCAACGCUACCCAUGGCCCAUAAAAUACUGACUGCUGUUUUUUUACUGCAUAUUUUUAGAAAAUUUUCAGUACGUUUCAUGUUGUGAGAUGAAACAUUUUUUCUGAUUAGCUGCUGUUAUCUGAAAAUUUCACCGUGUCUGUUAAAGUGUUGUAUUUUCACGAUGAACUAUCAGUGCUGCUCUGGAUUUCUGAGAAAUCACGUGUCAGUUUUGGUUCAGUAUUCCUCAGAUAUUUAACCACAGUUUUGUUCUUAACAUAGCUGGCUAGACUAACUUCAAUGCUAGUUCCUAUUCACCCAUAAUUCCAUGUCACUCCUCUUCUUGUAAACCGAACAACAAAGGAAAUUGCUUUUUCUUGAUUUCUUGAUUUUAUAUUGAUUCCAGUUGACUCCAUCAGAUGAAAACCUUGCAAAUCCUUUUACCUUCAAGUGAAGGAUGAUGAGGUCCUCUGUGAGACUUCUGGUUUCCUGCAGUUACUGUGUAGAUGAAAACCUUUUCAAAGACAUGUUUAAUUGUCAUCAUCAUGCAACAAAUGCUGAUCUAGGCCUUUAAAAUGAGGCUGCGUGUUCUAAAAAUGUGCUAUUCUGGAAAUCUGUAUCAGCAAAAUAGAAUGUUGUAAUUUUUCCUAGCUAUGUUAUGCUUUUUUUACAUUGAAUUUUUACAUAAACCUUAAAUAGUGUACACUUUAUGCCAAUAAAAGCCAGUAAUGUGCAUAAAAUGGA